AUGGUGGCCCCAUCUCCGUACCGUACCGCAAUCAUUGAUUGUGUCAAAAGCGGAAUGACAAAUUCAGAGAUUGUUAAAAAGCUGAAAGUGUCUCGUGUUCUCAUUUUUCGAACUGCACAACGCUAUCGGCAUCUCGGUACUUCAGAUGACAUGCAAAAAAGGGGACGUCCAGCCACCGUCACGACUCCAGAAGCAGUCAAAGCCGUUCGAGAGAAAAUCAGACGCACUCCGGAAAGAAGCGUGAGAAAGAUGGCAAAAAAAUACGAAAUGAGUCAAGGAUUGAUGAGAACUAUUGUCAAGGACAAGCUGAAGAUGAUUCCCUACCGUAUGCAGAAAGGAGCCUUCCUCAAUCAAAAAAACAAGACAUUGCGCAUGAAAAAGGCUCGGAAACUGCUCGCUGGCACGCAAGAUGGCUCGCAUCUGACGACGCUAUUUACCGACGAGAAAAUCUUCACUGUGGAGCCGAACAAGUACGGCCAAAAUCAUCGGAUCAUCGCUACUGACUAUCAGAGUGCCUGUGAAAAAGGAAAAAUUCUGAAUAAAACUUCGCAUCCGGCUUCCGUGAUGGUUUUUGCCGGAAUUACCGCUGACGGCAAAACUCCGCUGAUUUUUGUGGAUCCUGGAGUCAAAGUGAACCAAGUAUACUACAGGGAGAAGAUUUUAAAGUUGAGGGUGUUGCCCUGGGCCAAUUUUCACUACGGAAAUCGACCAUGGACCUUCCAGCAAGACGGCGCCCCCGCUCAUCGUGCCAAAGUGACUCAAGAGUGGUAUCGCGCCAAUUUUCCGCGUUCAUCUCGGCUGCUGAUUGGCCUGCUUCCUCGCCCGACCUCAACCCGAUGGACUAUACCGUGUGGAUAUAUCUGACCGAGAAGGUCUCUUCUAAGAACUACCCAAGUAUCAAAGCUCUGAAGACCGCGCUCAUCAAGAAAUGGGACGAAAUCGACGACGACUACCCUCGUGCCGUGAACGAUGCGUAUCCGAAGAGACUGAAGGCCGUUAUCAAAGCUAAAGGAGGACGUUUUGAAAACUAUUCUUGAAUUUUGUUUCUAUAUUGUAUGAAUAAAAUUUGUUCCAAGUUUGGUGGUGUUUGGUUGACUUUUGAGAAAGUUAUAACGUUUCAAAAGCGUUUCAAUAUUUAUUGGCCACCCUGUAUAAUGACGUCAUUCGGAAACACUCCAUGGGUUGUUAGAUCUCUGAUUGGUUUGUCGUGCCAUAAGGGGCGGAGCUUGAGCAACGACUAUAAAUUCGAAAUCUGAACAGACUAAAUAGGUGCAAGGAGCUUUUUUUAGAAUUUUAUUUUUUUCUACAUUUCGUUUCGCAGGUUAAAAAAAUACCACUCAGCAAAAUAAUAGAUGUAGGCGCAUACGUUGUACUUUUGAUUGAAAUGAAUGGAGCGUAAAAUUAAUUUAUUUCAUUUUUCAAAAAGUCGUUUCAGGUGGAAGAAGCGCUGCUGACGGCGCAACAGGAGCGUGAGCAGAGGUUCGCGAUGAAAAAAGAGCUCGAACUUGCUCGAAACGCUGAGCACAUCAACAGCCUCAACGACAUGCUUAUGGGCUUGGAACGGCUCGAAGUUUGAAUCGAAAGAAAGUCGGAAUCAAACUGUAUCUGACUUUAGGAAGGUCAAAUGCCACCUCAACCGGCUCCCGGAAGCAACGACCUUUUCAGUGAACUCCAGGGGAGCAGCGACGUCAAGGUGGACUUUGAAAACAGCCCCAAGUUUUACCUGUUUUUCUUCCAGGUCCGAGAACUGGAAGCAGCCAAAGAAGGUCUCGAGGAGGAACUCAAAUCACGAGAAAGAGUUCUCAUCGAGUUUCGUCAAAGGCCUGAUGAGCACGUUGGGGACUGA